AUGGUAAAGCACCGAAAGAAGCCGUCGGCCAGGGAGCGGAGCGGCGCGCACGGACUUGCUGGAGUGACGGGGGCAGCGGUGACAGCGCCACCGCGGCCACCGCUGCCCUCGCCGUCGACGCUUCCUUCCUUAACGAGUGUUGCUGAACAAGCCAUAACGACGGAGGCGAGCCUCGUGGCGCUUAGACAAUCUGUGGAUCCGAAUAUUGAAAGCAUCCUGUUCUCGGCACGUCACGUGGUAGAGUUCGACCUGGAUGUACAGCUUUCGAGGUGGCAACGUGUGAAUCGAGAAGGUGCGCUCUUUUUGGUGCGAUACCGGGAGCCGCGUUAUGCCUUGGUUAUUCAUAAUCGAAAAAACCCUGAGGAUCUCGUUGAACCCGUGGUCGCAGGAAUGGAUAUCGAGGUUCAGGAUGAGUUCCUGAUGUAUCGCACGACAGACGGUAGUGCAGCUGCGUCCGAUGCAUUCGCACGGGCACUCUGGUUCCACGGCGGUGUAGCGGAAGUUCAAGCAUGCGCCAACUUGCUGCAGGAUAUUGUAUGGAUGCACCAGCAGCAGCAGCAGCAGCAGCAGCAGCAGCACGCGAUGAUCAGCGCUGGAAGACAGGGCUCCACUCCAGCGCAGCCGGGAUUCGGGCCUCUACCGCAUCCACAGCUCGGUAUGAGCGCGUUCCCGUCUGCGCUCAACGCAGCGGCACCACUGCCUCCGGUGCCCAGCUCCGCCAUGACGACAGCACGGAAUCCAGAAAUCGGGUGGAAUUCUGGCUGGACGAGCCCGAUUACAGCGUGGUCACCGAGCGAAGCGAGACUGAGCGGUGCGCCUCAAGCUGGGCACGCUGUUUCGACGGGCGAUCUAAGGAGCGAGUUGGGCGCCCCAUCUCGCAACGAUGGGACAGAACCCAGCCAGGCUCUGCAUGCUGCCUACGAGCUCUCCAAGGGCGGUGUUUCAGAAGCACAGCAUCGUUGGCCGGAACACUGGAACCCUGGAGCGUUCCCUGUCGCACCGACGCUGGGCGCAUCACAACAGCCAGUCACAUCAGGUGGGAAGCGUACAAAUGCAGGAGUUUUUAGCCCAGGUCAUGGAUGCAUGCCCUCAAGUGCAGGAGCGCCCGUUCCCCUUGUCGCAGAUGCGCAGUCCGAGAACCACCAAACAUACGUGAAUACCAUCUUUGCUGCCGCUGGCGGUCGACCAGGUGCACACCGGGAGUUUGUUCUGGCGGUGCUACAAACCCUUGCAAACGAUUCGAUGGUCUUCGAGCAGGCAUAUCGGAGCUAUCGAAUGCAAUGGGGCUAA